AUGAAGCUGGCACACCUUGUCCUUGGUGCCACGGCCCUCCUCCUUCUGGGUGGUUGUGACUCUGUCCUCAGCACCUCCAAUGGGAACCUGCAUACGUUUGUGGGCUGUGCCGUGAGGGAGUUCACAUUUCUAGCCAAGAAGCCCGGCUGCAGAGGACUUCGGAUCACCACUGAUGCCUGCUGGGGCCGCUGUGAGACCUGGGAGAAACCAAUCCUGGAGCCUCCCUACAUUGAAGCCCAUCACCGGGUCUGUACCUACAACAAGACGAAGCAGGUGAUUGUCAAGCUGCCUAACUGUGCUCCUGGAGUCGACCCCUUCUACACCUACCCGAUGGCUGUCCGCUGUGACUGUGGGGCAUGUUCGACGGCCACCACUGAGUGUGAGACCAUCUGAGGCCAGCAUUGUCUUCAGAACACAGCUGGUGGCCCGAGCGAGCCUCACAGAAUCCGUGCGCUUGCCCAGGGAUGAAUCUGCUCUAGCUCCUGCCUUCAAGUACGAUUCAGUAUUUGCCAGCCUGUCCCCUGCUUGGUUCAGGUCUUCCUCCACCCAGUUUCUGUGUGUGUCCAGGUGCAGCACACUCAGGCUAAAAAUGUCAAGCAAUAUCGAUCCUUCCCCAGGAUGAUGUCUCUGAUUCUUAUGUCUGUAACUUAGGCUAGGGUUUCUUUGCCUGACUUUUGGAGCAUGGUUUGUACAUUACAACCCUCCCUCAGUUUUGAUUGACAUCAUGGCAUUUAUUUAAAGGAAUUGGAUGUCAUUAAGCGACAGGAAGCCUUUAAGGUUCCACAUUCUGUCAUUGAACUCCAACUGGAUUUAUGAUUAAAGGGCAAAGUAUGAUCAAAACCAAUGCACUUUCUUCCUUGCUCAAAAGAAAAUCCAACUUCGAGUGUUCUUAGAGAGAACGCUCUGUUUCCCUUCCGGCUGAGCAAUUACCUAGAUAAGAGGCAAAGACAGUACUGCCUGCUACAAAAAAGGGUGUUUAGAAGUGGGUAUUCCUCUCCCAAGGAAAAGUUCCUCCGUUCCCUUAAGGAUCUUCCUUAUUGAAGUGUGCACUCGCCAGUUAAAACAAAACAAAAACAAAACUAAACUAAACUCACAAAAUGCAAUUAGAAACUAUCAUUUAGGUUUAAAAAUACCACAGAUUAAAUUCAUGGCUCGAGUGUUUUCCCGCAGCCACAGGGGAGUGACCAGUUACAAAUGACCCUGGCUGUUUAGUGUAUCUUAAACCUGAAUGGCAAUGCAUUAGACUUGGAAUCCUGAGUGUUUGUGAGGUGAGGCUGCCCUGCCAGUCCCAGGAGAGAGGCUGUGCUUGUCCGGCUCUCGCUUUCUCUAAAAUCACACAGCAGCUGAUUCUGGGACCUUCUUUUUCAACUCGAGUUCUAUGCACACAUUUUUUGUUUUGGCAUUUGGGGGCUUGAGUUUAACUUUGUUCUUUUUGAGACUAUGCCAGGAGCAUCUAUACUGAUGGCAAUAAAGUGUCCUCCCUGUCAUCUGCAUUCAUGCAAACGUUUAGAAAAGUCUUUCUAGUUUUUAUUUUGCUUGGUGUAACAAUAAAGGCCCUUGAAACUUUGAA